AUGGAUAACAACAUGAUAGAUAUUGGCUUCGUGGGGCCACGGUUUACUUGGAGUAGAGGAGGAAGUCAAAGUAGAAUUGAUCGGGUUUUUAUUAACGGACCUUGGCAUGAGGAGUUUACAAAUGAUACCAUUACUCAUCUACCUAAAUACAAAUCAGAUCACUGCCCCAUUCUUUUAAAGCCGUCACAGGUAGACGUGGCACGGCACAUGAAUAGACCCUUCAGAUUUUUGGCCUCGUGGGUGAUGCAUGCUGAGUUCUCAGAGUUUGUCAAGACACAUUGGCACAUGAAGGGCAAGAUUUACAGGAAGUUGGAAUGCUUGGAGAGUAAAAUUACUAAAGCGGGUCUGAAUGCGAGGUUGGAAGAGAUCAGAAAAGACUUAUGGCACCAGCUGGAGGAAAUCCUAAACCAGGAACAAGUCAUGUGGCUUCAGUUAUCAAGAUGUAAGUGGUACACCCAUAGUGAUCGUAAUACCAAGUAUUUUCAUUCGAUGGCAAAUAGUCAACGUCGCCAUAAUAGGAUCGGAGCUUUAAGACUUGAUAGUGGCGUUUGGGUAUAUGACACACAGGAAAUCAUGAGCUUGGGUAGUAAGUUCUUUCAAAAUCUUUAUUCCGAGGAGGGAUCCAGUGUGAAGCAGUUACACUUUGAUUAUAGCUACCCUACCUUGGACAGCGGCUGUUUGGAGUCUUUUAAGCGUGUUCUGUUUGAUAUGGGGUCCUUAAAGGCGCCGGGACUGGAUGGGUUAAACCCACUAUUUUAUCAAAGUCAAUGGGAUACUGUUAAGGAUUCAAUUGUGGACCAGGUGAACCUUGUCUUUCAGAACCUUGCAAGCAUGAGGAAUCCUACAAUGCUACAGGAUGUAAUCGAAGCUUGUGUCUCUUCCCCAUCUAUGCAGCUUAUGUGGAAUGGUGAACGUGGCGUGGAAUUUCAUCCUUCUAGGGGUGUCCGACAAGGGGAUCCCUUGUCACCGUAUUUGUUUGUCAUUGCCAUUGAACGCCUGGCACAUCUAAUAUAA